UGGUGUAUUUUUUUAGGCUAAAAUCUAUCGUAAUAAAUUAUAUGUUUCAAAUAAGACUUGAUUUUUGGGGAAGUUAGCCAAAUAUCCCAAUGUUAUGCUUACCCUUCUUGACAGUGUCUGAAGUCGUCAUGCACUCAGCGGUAGUGACAACUCAAGUGUUUUAGGGUAUUUGUCACGAUGCAUGUACUACUUCUCAAAGAGCCAAGAGAUGGAGAGUCUGGACCUGAUCCUUACAUUAAGGAGCUGGCAUCAUAUGGACAUAAAGCAACACUAAUUCCUGUGCUGACUUUUAAGUUUGUCUCAUUGAACACCUUGUCAGAUACGCUUUUCCGGCCAGAAAAAUAUGGGGGUCUUGUGUUUACCAGUCCACGAGCAGUGGACGCUGUGAAGAUGUGCUUAGAGGAUGAAAAAAUAAGGAAAGAGUGGGACAACAUUGUGAAAGACAAGUGGAACACCAAGUCCGUCUAUGUGGUUGGGAAGACAACUGCUGCACUAGUAAAAAAUCUGGGACUGAACCCUUUAGGCGAGGACACAGGGACAGCAGAGGUCCUGUCACGUGUUAUCAUUGAGCGAGAGGACACAAAUAUUCCACCACUUUUCUUCCCCUGUGGCUCAAUCAAAAGAGAAGUCUUGCCUACGGCUUUAAGGGACAAUGGAGUGCCCCUAGAGACUCUGACUGUCUAUCAAACAGUUGAACAUCCAGAUCUGGAAAAAAAUCUUAAGAACUAUUUCACAGAGCAGGGCACUCCAGCCAGCAUCGCUUUCUUCAGUCCAUCAGGAGUGAAGUUUUGCCUGGAAGUGGUACAGAGGCUGUCGGGUGAGGAGCUGUGUCAGAUAAAGUUUGGAGCCAUAGGGCCUACUACAGAAGCCACCAUGACAGCAGAAGGUCUGCAUGUCAGCUGUGUUGCAGAAAAGCCAACGGCUGAACACCUGGCUGCAGCGAUAGCCAAAGCUCUACAGUGACCACCCACAGGCUCUGAAAUGCAUCUGCUUUAUCGCGAUAUCUUUGUAUGUUCUGUAUUAUUUGUAUUUAUUGUCAUUUGUCUUACUUCUUACCAGAUUUCUAUGUCUAUCAGCUAAGUUGAGUUAAAAUUAGUAUGUGAAAAAGAAGCCUUUUGUGCCAGUAAAGCCUAAAAAAUAUAAGUGGAUAUGAUAUAUUUCUAUUUAUGUUAACCUUGCACAAGAAAGUUGAUGUAGCAUUUGUUUUGGAAAAUAAACUUGAGCUAUUAUAUUGAA